AUGGGUAAGAGAAAGAAGUCCUCGAGAGGUCCAGCGAAAAAAGUGGUUCAAAGGCUCGAUGCCACAUUCAAUUGUUUGUUUUGCAAUCACGAGCGUUCAGUAACAUGUACAUUGGAUAAAAAGAAUAGCAUCGGAUCGUUGUCAUGUAAAGUGUGCGGACAAACUUUCCAAACACACGUCAACGCCUUGUCCCAACCGGUGGAUGUAUAUAGCGACUGGUUUGACGCAGUGGAAGAGGUCAAUGCGGGGAAAGUCAGUGAUUCUGAAGGCGAAAGCGAUAGUGAAAGCGACUAUGAGAGCGAUUCUGAUGCUGAAUUGGCUAACAAAAGACGUGCUCAAGCAGAUUCGGAUGAAGAGGAAAUUUCAGACGAUGAAGAAGCUGUAGGCAACUCCAAACGCGGUCGUGGUAAAAUUGUACAGGAUGACGAGGACGACGAGGACGACGAUGAUGACGAAUGA